AGAGAAAGGGCCUUAAGCCACAGGUACAGUAUAUUAUUUACACUGAAGGAGCUCUUGUGUGGACAAGAAAGCGCUGACAGGUCAAAUGGAUCCCAUGGAACUGAGAAAUGUCAACAUCGAACCCGAUGAUGAGAGUAGCAGUGGAGAAAGUGUUCAGGACAGCUACACGGCAAUGGGAAAGUCGGAGAAGGCAGCCAUGAGCAGUCAAUUUACUAAUGAAGAUACAGAAAGCCAGAAGUUCCUGACAAAUGGAUUUUUGGGGAAAAAGAAGCUGGCCGAUUACGAUGAUGAGCAUCAUCCUGGAACCACUUCCUUUGGAAUGUCUUCAUUCAACCUGAGUAACGCCAUUAUGGGCAGUGGUAUUUUGGGCUUGUCCUAUGCCAUGGCCAACACAGGCAUCAUCCUUUUUAUAAUCUUGCUGCUUGCAGUGGCAAUAUUAUCACUGUAUUCAGUUCAUCUUUUACUAAAGACAGCCAAGGAAGGAGGGUCUUUAAUUUAUGAGAAAUUAGGUGAAAAGGCAUUUGGAUGGCCUGGUAAAAUCGGAGCCUUUACCUCCAUUACCAUGCAGAAUAUUGGAGCAAUGUCCAGCUACCUCUUUAUCAUUAAAUACGAACUUCCUGAAGUUAUCAGAGCAUUCAUGGGACUUGAAGAAAAUACUGGGGAAUGGUACCUCAACGGCAACUACCUCAUCAUAUUUGUGUCUGUGGGAAUUAUUCUGCCACUCUCUCUUCUGAAAAAUCUAGGUUACCUUGGCUAUACCAGUGGAUUUUCCCUCACCUGCAUGGUGUUUUUUGUUAGCGUGGUGAUUUACAAAAAAUUUCAAAUACCCUGCCCUCUGUCUGUUCUGGAUCACCAUGAUGGAAAUGUGACGUUCAACAAUACCCUCCCAGUACACGUGAUAAUGUUCCCCAAUAACUCUGAGAGCAGUGGCGUGAACUUCAUGAUGGAUUACACGCACCGCAGCCCCUCUGGGCUGGACGAGAAUGAGGCCAAGAACUCUCUCCUCGGCAGUGGUGUUGAGUAUGAAGCCCACAGUGAUGACAAAUGUCAACCCAAAUAUUUCGUAUUCAACUCCCGGACGGCCUAUGCAAUUCCUAUCCUAGCGUUUGCUUUUGUAUGCCACCCUGAGGUCCUUCCCAUCUACAGUGAACUUAAAGACCGAUCCCGAAGGAAGAUGCAAACGGUGUCCAAUAUUUCCAUCACAGGGAUGCUUGUCAUGUACAUGCUGGCUGCCCUGUUUGGUUACCUCACUUUCUAUGGAGAAGUUGAAGAUGAGUUACUGCAUGCAUACAGCAAAGUCUACACCUUUGACACGCCUCUUCUCAUGGUCCGCCUGGCGGUGCUGGUGGCAGUGACGCUCACGGUGCCCAUUGUCCUGUUCCCAAUUCGUACAUCCGUGACCACUCUGUUAUUUCCCAAAAGACCUUUCAGCUGGAUAAGACAUUUCCUGAUUGCAGUCAUAAUUAUCGCACUUAAUAAUGUCCUGGUCAUCCUUGUGCCAACGAUAAAAUACAUUUUUGGAUUCAUAGGGGCUUCUUCGGCCACGAUGCUGAUUUUUAUUCUUCCAGCAGUUUUUUAUCUCAAACUUGUCAAGAAAGAACCUCUUCGAUCACCCCAAAAGGUUGGGGCAUUGAUCUUCCUUGUGACUGGAAUUAUCUUCAUGAUGGGAAGCAUGGCCCUCAUUAUAAUUGACUGGAUCUACAACCCUCCAAAUUCCAAACACCACUAAUCCAAGGAAAAAAAAUAUGUGUCCCUUUUUUUUUCUGUUGGAAAUGUUGGCGAGUUAUACUCCCCAAAAGACAUUUUGACCUACCGUGAUUGGGCCGAUAUUUCAUAGGAACUAGCCAGAAGAUUCCAGAGAUGUUUGCUUAGGAGUGUCACCAGACACCUGCAAAAGUUAAAAUUAAGGUGGUUUUUGUUG